AUGUCUUGUGUUCCCUUGUGCCUGAAGAAGGCGGUGGUCACACUUUUAUUAAAGAAACCUCAUCUAGACCAUGAGAUUAUCUCUAACUUCCGUCCAGUUUCUAACCUAACAUUCCUAUCUAAGGUUAUUGAUGGCAUAAAUAAACAAAAAAUAAUAUCGCCCUUUCUCCAACAAGAGAGUGGGGGAAAAGAGGAAUGCUCAAAAGAACUAAACAAAAACAGCCUAACUAAUACCCUUAAAGAGUAUGGUGUUGGUGAAGAAUUCAGCGAACUAAUGCCAGUGAACAGAACAAUCUUAGUGACGCCAUGUCCACACGUGGAUCUUGUAGGAAUGCUUUGGCAUUGGACUCAGGCAUUGUGGAGGAAGGUCCAGGCACUAGGAUUGGCCACUGCAUACAAGAAAGAUGACGGUACAUAUAAGUUUGUCAGGAGGCUGAUGGCACUUCCUUUUCUUCCAAGCUCUGAGAUUACCCGUAUUUUCAUCAGGCUUCUUCCUGAAGCAACAACAGAGGGCCUCCAAGCUCUAACAGGAUAUAUCCGAGACAACUGGAUUGAAAGUACAGUAUUCCCACCAGAAAACUGGAGUACAUAUGGCCAGGUGGUAAGCACCAACAAUGGCCUGGAAGGCUACCACAAUGCCCUCAACUGUAGAGCAAGUGGCAAAGUCCACUUUCCAUUCUAUAUGCUUGGUCAAUAUUUAUAUAAAGAAGCUAAUCUUGUGGGGCUACAGAUUAAGCUAGUUUCUGAAGAAAAACUUAAAAGAAUAAAGAGAAAGAAAUAUUGUAAUUUGCAAUGGAAAGUGUAA